GUCACGUGACACGAAUGUUGACAACUCUCGCCAUGAUACACCCACUUUACAGCACCAACAUAUUAUUAUGUUUUUUUUUGACGAGAACGUAGCUAUUUAAUGACGUUUUAGACCACAUGGCAGUCGUCUGGCCUGAAUGUCGUAGCCCAGCAAUACCUUGUGCCACAGGAGGAUUCUCUGCUGCUCGUUGCUAAUUGUUGCCAAGGAUGGCUCAUGCUUGCAGUGGUCAGUCAUCGCUUGUCAACAGCCUGGCAACACUUCUACGAAAUGAUGGUGACUUAGUGCUUGAUGGCAGCAGCACACUGACUCUACCGGCGACAUGCUUGCAGCAGCUGAACCAGCUGUUUGAGCAACACUUGCUGUCCAGGAAUCAGCAGCAUAGCUUCAUGGCGCUGCCAUCCCACCCGGCUGACACCGCAUCCCUGCUGCAGCUACAGUUCCUCUUUGACGUCCUGCAGAAGACAGUCUCAUUUAAGCUCUUCAACUCACCCAGCACGAGACUAGAGUCUGUGGUGAAACUUUCCCCUUUCAAGUCUUUAAAGAGUUUGGAGCUGAAGCACAUUCCCCCGCACUGUGUUGAGGGGCUCAGAGGAGUUUACUCCCAAUUGGAGGUCUUCAUCUGCUCAAAGAGCCUGAGCUCCCUGGAGGAGCUGCUUUCCCUGUGCGGAGGUGACCUCAGCUCUGCGCUGCCAUGGCUGGAACUGCACACCCUAAACUUCAGCUACAAUUUCAUCAUUUGCCUUGACCAGUCUUUAAGUCUCUUAAACGUCCUCAAGUCUUUGGAUUUAAGCCACAACAAGAUUCAGGAGUGCGCUGAAUUUCUAAAGCCCUUAAGUGAACUGGAGCACUUGAAUCUGGGCUACAACUGCCUGCAGAGGGCGCCAACACUAAGCCUAAGCGCCAGAGUCAAACUGAUUACGCUCAUCCUCAGGAACAAUGAACUAGAAACUAUUAAUGGUGUGGAACAGUUGGCAUCACUCCAGCACUUAGACCUUGCCUACAAUCUUCUGCUGGAGCAUUCACAGCUGGCGCCGCUCUCCUUGCUUCACUGUCUUAAAACAGUGAACUUGGUGGGCAACCCGCUGUACUUCCAGAAGACCCACCGCAAAAGUACUGUCCGCCACCUUUCCCCAAAGGCUGUCAGUCUCAGACUUAAACUUGAUGGCAUCCCGCUUUCCUCCUCAGAGUUGGCCGUUCUGCCGAAAGCGGGACUCGUUGUCCAGGGGCAGUCGCCUCCUCCUACGUUGUCGCAGUCAGAACGGAGUUACCCAGAUGUGUCAAGUGGAGCUGGGGAGCUUAGUGACAGUGUAUCCGUCGGAGAGGUGGGAGUGUCUCGCAGUCGCAAAAAGAAGUCCAGGACCAAGGUGAGAGUGCGGCGAGCGAGUAUUUCUGAGCCCAGUGACACGGACAUCCAAGCCAGGACAGUGUCUUCCUCACAAGCCAUUGGCCUUCCGCACCAGGAGGAGAUCGAGCGCAUGUCCAGCUUCAGAGAUCAGCUGGGAGAGGACUGGCUCCAGUACCAGCACCACCUAGACGCGGCACCGCCCAUUGCCACUGCUGCGCAUGGCCUACAAACCACAGUCACUGACAGCCUUGUGACGCCUCUGUACGCAAACCUGGAUGUCCUUCCUCCGCCACUUCUCUCAUCAGAGCUAAGUCUGCCAGCGCUUGAGAUGGACACAGAACAAGAGACGGACUCCACGCUGCAGUGGCCCAGUCAGAAUGCUCGGCACACUGAGUCCACGUUAGAAGAGGCAGAAAUAGAUGGUCAGGGAGCAGGCCAGGUCGGUUCACCUAGACCGAGUUUGGACACAGCGAGAGAGGAGAAUAAGGAUACCAAGGAGGAAGAAGAUGAGGAUUUGGGAGUGGACCAGUGUCUUCCACUUCUUGUGGGUGUCAUAUCGGCCAAUGAAGAGGAAGAUGAAAGCCAGGAGGACAGGAAGAGGGAGGUCUUUCUGCGUGUCAAACAGGGUCAUUUGCUGGAAGUGGAUGUGCAGUCUGGCCAGGAGAGAUGUCGGUUGGAACUGGACUGUCUGACCCGUGUUGAAGCCACAACAGCAACUUGGACCCAUGGGGAGACGGAAGCUGUGUUUCCAGCAGUGGAGGUGCAGUUCGACUCUAUCAAGAAGGAAAAGAGGCGGAGACAUUAUGUGCUUCUGGAUGACAACCCACAACAGGCACUUCAGGAUCUAAGCGACGUCCUGUCACUUGUGGCGGAAGCCAAUUGCCGCCGUGGCACGGAGAUCGUCCCCAGCUCUGUUCUCCUGCAGUGCCUUCGUUGUGGGUCAGAGUUCACAGAGCCUGCAGCUAGAGCGAGGAGGAGGAAAGAGCUUAUGAUGCUGCCAGAGGGUGUGGAUGUGCAGGAGGUCACUGAGUUGAUGGAAUGUGAUGUGGGUGGCGAAGGAAACCCUGAUAGGUGUCUGGAAUGUGGAAGUGAUCACAUAGUCCAACUGGUGGGCCAGCCUUUUCCUUACAGCAGUACACCUAUCCAACAUCAAUCAAGGGCCGGAAGCGAAGAAGACAAUAAGGUAGAUGCUAGUAUUAGCAACAGUCCUGUUCUGGAAGAAGCUGCCACCACAGAGGACCCCACUUUUUUCACCGCACAUGGGAGCUCUUUCUUCGCUGGAGAAGUCGGCACUGACCCCUGCUGCUUCUCCUACAAUGCUGACAGUCAAAGCAAGGAGGAUCUGGCUGGGAGCUACUGCUAUGCUGCCAUCUCUUCCACGCCGCCUGGCAUCCACCCUGCAGGGAGAUCCAACUCAACUGAUGACUUGGAUCUGCUGACUGAGGCGUUUGAGGCAGUCGACCAUAGGCUGAAGCUUUUCUUAGAUGUGGACAUCUUCGAAGAGGAGGAGGAGCUAAGUUGCCUGCUAAAGACAUCCCUUGUGAGAUUCGGGGAGCCAGAGGAGUUUUCUUCCCUGGUAGUGGUGUCCGACAAGAGAAUCUAUGUUCUUGAAGUGACAUUAGGGACAAGCAAAGAGCAGCUUUCUGAUUGGCUCCAGAAGCGUGACUGCCACCCAAUCAUAGAGCUCAGCUACCUGGAGGUGGGGCUUGGCUCUCAGAGCAUCCACAUGGCAUUUGACGUUGGAGAAGUCGGGGGCGUGGCCUACACCCUCCUGGUUCGGGACAGCAUACGCUGCAAACGCUUCUUUGGCCAGUUGACAGGAAUCGUGCGUGAGAUGGCACACAAGUCCAACAGCAAACUGAAGUCCAUCUCGACCACCAGGCUCAACCCUCUGCACCAUCUCUGGCCUCUCGUGUGUGAAGACAUCCAGGCAGACGUGGAGGACGGCCAGCUGCAAUUUUGCUACAUUCUGGCAUUUUUGCUGCAAGGCGACAUGUGGUUGCCAACGACUGUGCUGGUGACUCGAGAGACUCUGUACUUGCUGAGGGAGGAUCACCAGUGGAGGAAGAGCACAAACCCGACGACGGUCAACGGCAAGCAGGAACCGAGCAGCGGGGGCUUCUCCAUUCUGGAAACGCUGCCUAUCAGCUGUGUGAGCUCGGUCCACAUGUGGCCUAGUGAGCAGCGUCAGAUGGACGUCAAGCUGUACGACGAGACGCAGAAAGAGGAGAAGACCUGGCGCGUGCGCUCUGAAAGCUUCGAGCUCCUGCAGUCUCUGCUGGCAUGGGUCAGAACACAGUGGGAGGAUAUGUUUGGUGUCCGGCUGCUCACCAGCGAACACGAAAAAGAGACCUAAUAAGAGGCAGGAAAUGUCAUCUGUAUUUGCUCUCUGCACAGAAAAAAAAUCAAGUUCAAAUGAAGCAGGCCUUCUAUCCUUCAGGCAUUCUGGCACCCAGAUGGAGGCUUGGGACGUUGGAACGAUGAAGUGUGUUUUUGUUUUCUUGUACUCGUGGAACUCCAAAUGUUCUUUUAUUUUGCUAAGGGAAUUGUAAAUGCACUUUUUCGACCCUAUUUCCAACCAGCUAAAUUAUUCUCCAGCAUCGUAGAGUGGACGGCCGUCUUUCAAUUUCCUUUCUUAACACGGGUAUUCAUGCAAAUACAAGACUGAGAGAAAAUAGA